AUGGGUGGUGUUAAAGCUGUAAGGAUUUCUGUUGAUAAGUACAAGAUGGAUAUUGGUCACAAGGUUGUUAUUCUUAAAAAUGACAGGACUCGUUUUACUGCGAAGUGCGAAGAAGAUGGUUAUGGUUGGAGGAUUCACUUUGGGCCUGUGAAUGGUGAUAUUUCUCGAUUUGUGCUGAAAGAUUCUAAUGUUAUUCACAGGUUGAAGAGUCCUGCGGUGACAACCAAGUUAAUUAAGCAUUUGAUCACUGACAAUAUACAGGGUGAUUCCACUUUAAAACCCAGACAGAUCAUGUCACUUUUUAAGAAGACUUAUGGUUCCAAUAUUAAGUAUCACCAUGCCCGUAGAGGGAAAGAAGUCGUAUUUGAAGAACAGUUUGGUGACGACGAGAAGUCCUAUAGCGAUUUAACUUGCUGUAGAUAUCUCAGGCCCAUGAUUUACUUGGACGCUACUUUACUUACUGGUAGAUUCAGGGAUAAUCUUAAACAAGUUGUCGAUGGUCGUCCGAUUGUUUUCCUUAGUGAUCGUCAUGAAGGACUUUUGCAGGGCAUUCCAAGAGUAUUUCCUGGUUCACAUCACAACUAUUGCUUUUACCAAAUCAAGUGCAAUCUCCCUAUUGGAUCAAGUGAUGCGAAUUCCAAGGCCGCUAUUGAUUUUUUUUACAAAGCUGCUUAUUCUUACACAACAGCUAACUUUGAAGAAGCUUUGCGGGGCAUGCAUGCAAUUGGUUGUGGACAUGUUGCUAAUUAUAUCAGGACUAUUCCAAAGGAGAAAUGGGCAAAUGCAUUUUUCCCUGUAUGCAGAUAUGCUGCUCACUCUUCAUCUAUUUUCGAGUCAUUCAAUAACUGGAUUCUUGAGUUCAGAAAGCUGCCUGCUUUUGCUCUUCUCGAUGCGAUACGUUUGAAUUUUAUGAAGAAGAAUUCUGAGAGAAGGGUAGAAGGUCUUGAGAAUUUCAAUACUAGGCUCACUCCCGUAUACGAGGCUAUACUAAAGGAGAACAUAGACAUUGGUCAUACUUGGACUGUUUUUCAGUCCAUGGAAAGAUUGUAUGAAGUCAAGUUUCCCCGGUCUCAUUCUGUAGAUCUAUUGGAGAGAACUUGUAUGUGUCACAGGUGGCCAGUAAAUGGUUUUCCUUGUGCACAUGCUUGUGCUGCCAUUCAAGCUACGAGGGAGGACAUUUAUUCAUUUGUUGAGCCAUACUUUACCACUGAAUGGUACAACAGGACAUACCAGGAGAUCAUCUUUCCAAUCCCUAAUUAUGAAAAGCCGCAGGCUUAUGAUCCUAGUGAUAGGAUUGUUGUUCCUAUUCUUGUUCCUCUACCUAGUAGACGAAAAACACAGCGUUUCAAGAAUGCUUGGGAGAAGCAAAAGAGACCUAUUAUGUGCACAAAGUGCUUCACCCUUUGUCACCACAACAGAGUUAUCUGCCCCAUGUGUUGA